AUGUUUAAUUCACAAGGUAUGAAAAGAUGGACAAUGAAAAGAUUUUUAUGUUUUUCUGUAGGAACAGCAACUAUUAUUUAUGCAACACUUCUAGUAUUAGUAUCUAUUGUCAUGCUAACACAUACAUCACAUUAUAAUGUAACACUUUUUAUAAUAAUAUCAACUUUUAAUUUUAUAUGUGCUAUAUUAAUAUUUGUAUCAGUUUCUCAUAAAAAUGCUUUUACAGCAUAUAUAGCUUAUAAUAUAGUUAUCAUAAAUUAUAUGGUUGAAGUUAUUGAAUUUUUUAUAUGUCUUUAUAAUACAUGCACAUCUCAUAGUGUUCAAUGGUAUUAUGAAAAUUUUUAUUGGCACAGGAAGAUAGUAUAUAAUUAUAAUAUGUUUUAUGGAUUAUUAGAAAUGAUAAUUCACCUGUUUAUGUUUUUAUUGUCUUUUUUUGUUAUACAAUUAAUAUGGAGUUUUUAUAGAAUUUUACAAGUUGGUGGAAAUAUUUUUUCUUUUCAAACAGCAGAACAUAUUGAAAGUGUAUUACAUGGAACACAUUACUAUACAUACGGAACUAUUCCUAAUGUUCAUACAUAUUAG